UUUGUUGCUUUCGAUCGAUUCGAUCGACUUUUCUUUUGAAAUUGACGUAGUUUUACGAAUUCGCGAAACGCAUCCGUCCCGUUGCAGCAUCAAAUAUGCAAGAAUCGUACCCGGUUGUGGCGAAAGUGCCAACGCACAUCUUAACGUGGGGCAAGUGGAUUGAGGAAUCCCUCGGAGAUCACAAGGAGAUAGUGCUGUGCAUUACCGGCAAUCCCGGACUGCCGGGCUUUUACACGAAGUUCCUUUCCACGGUGUACGAAUGUUUGAAUAAGGAACUUCCUGUGUGGGUCAUUGGUCAAGCCGGUCACGACGAAGCGGAUGAUAGUCCUUACAAGAAAGCAAUGCCCCCGCUGAAGGGGAACGAACAUCUCUACAACCUCAAAGGGCAGCUGCAACACAAAAUCGAAUUCAUACGCAAGUAUGUUCCCGAGGACGUGAAAAUACACCUGAUCGGCCAUUCCAUCGGAGCUUACAUGGCACUGGAGUUGCUGAAAGUGCCGGAUAUCAGCGACCGGAUUCAGCAGUGUUACUUCCUCUUUCCCACGCUCGAGCGAAUGGUAAACACGAAAAAUGGAUUCAUCGUAGCACGGUUGAUCAAUCCGGUGUGGUGCGUUUGGCAAUGGUUCUAUCGAAUGUUUGCGCUGCUGCCGCUGUUUGUGCGCACCUGGCUAGUUUAUCUAUAUUUCCUGAUCGAUGGCAUUCCGAAGUAUUAUCUUGGAACUGGUCUAAAGUACACCAAUCCCGAUGUGAUCGACAAGAUCUGGUUCCUCGCGAUGGAUGAGAUGCACAAAGUGAAGGAGCUCGAUGUAGACACGCUCUCGAACAACAAGCACCGUGUUAAGCUCUACUACGGCACAACCGAUGGCUGGGUGCCGGUUAAAUACUAUCACGAGCUCAAACAACGCAUUCCAGAUGUCGAUGCUGAACUCUGCACCCGGAAGUACAACCACGCGUUUGUGUUACGUUCGGCGGCCCAGAUGGGCUUUGCCGUUGGUGAGUGGAUCUUGAAAUAUCGUGCCUAACGAUCUCUGCUGAAUGACAAUUCCUCAUGCCUUGGUAUUCCUACUGGUAGAUAUGGUGUGAUAUGAUUCUAUGUGUGGUAAAGGUAAU